AUGAAAACUCAAAUUCUGUUAUUUGGAAGAAUAGAACGUUUUUCGUUGCUUUCAAUUCCAUUUUCAACUAUAGAUAUGGCGGAGACAGGGUUUCCGGGACAGCAUACGACCACCACAACCGUGACUUCAAACACCACGGUGCAGACUAACAUAAGAUUUGAUCCUUCUUAUGUAAGAACUAUCCCCGGGAUACUUAAAGUAGUUCAAGUGGUGUUCAGUCUACUGGGUUUCAUCUGCAUCCAGUUCUCUCACUUCAACAACGCGAGCAAGGGUCUGUUCUUCAGCUGGAUCGCGAUGAUCGCGUUCUGGUUCACCGGCAUCCUGCUGGGUUUCUACCUGUUCCAUAUCGUGGAGAAGUUCUACAAGAUCCCGUGGUUGAAGAUCGAGCUGCUGUUCACGGCUCUGUGGACCUUCCUCUACCUCCUGGCUGCCGUACUCGCAGUCACCGUACAUGACAACCCACACGCCGCAGCAUCGUUUUUUGGUUUCUCCUGUACAUUGGCAUACUGUGUGGAUGCUUACCUCAAAUGGAGAGCGAAUCGGGCCGGAGGGCUGGCUCAGGGCACGAGGGUCGUCUCUAAACAGACCACCGUCACCAGGGAAGGAUAUUAA